AUUCAAUCCCUCGUUGCCUCCUUCUCUCCCACCGAGAGACCUCGUCCCUUUCCCCCAUCAUUUGCCCGCUCUACCUCUCCUACCUUGGGUACAUCGCCCUCUCUUUUGUUCGUCUUUGCGCCUUUCCCCUUCGAUCCGAUUCACAUCUGAACAUUCACGACCACCGAUCGAUCGACUGUCCCGGAUUUGGCAGGAAUUUCGAACUCGCCCACUCUCUUUUCCGUCUUGGGCUUCGCCGAAUCCACACACCCCUUUUUUUACAUACACCACCCUGACGACGCUUCUCUUUUCCUUACAUUCUUUCUUUGCCCGCCUACGCACGCUGUACCAAAAGUGCCCCCCCUCUUCCCUCUCGCCCUUUCGCCGUGGGGCAUGACAUGACGUUCCAGGUCCGCCCACGGGAGAUAAGAACGCUGCGAUAGGACCUCGGCAGCGGGUGGCACAGACGACGGAUCACGGCCGCCGCUCAUGGCCAAAAAGCGGCGCACCAAGAAGAAGAAGGGAACCAGUACACGACAAGACCCCGCCCAAGGCGUUUCGUCCAGCAUGUCCACCACCGACGAGCUCGCGUCGCACUCAAGCGAUGGCUUGUCAAGCCGCUUGCGCCAGAGCGAGACCGCAACCGAGAUGACGAGUAUCAUGAGCACCAACGAGGGAUCCCAGGGCCUACACGAGGCCGACGAGGAGUGGAACUCGCAAGAUGACGAGGCCAUGGAGGUCGACGACGACGAUGACAACGACGACGAUGAUGUCGAAGAAAACGACGAUGACAACUUCUCCGUCUUUGCGCCCAGCCAUUACCCCCGACCGAGCGAGUCCCAUCGCACCGAGAUGCCUUACACGACGUCGCCGAACCAUCAGGAUAUGUCGUCCACCCGGUCGUUUAUGGAGCGAGAGUUGGAUUAUCAAUGGGAAAAUGGCCGUCGGUACUGCGGCCCGCAUUACCACCUCCCAAAUGACGAGUGGGAAAUGUGCCGCAUGAGCUUGAUUCAUCGCGUCUACCUCCACGUCUUUGAUGGUAAGCUGAGCACGGUACCACUGGAGAAUCCGCAGAGAAUACUGGACGUCGGCACGGGCAUUGGCGAAUGGGCGAUAGGCAUGGCCGACGAGUUCCCCGACUGUGAGGUCAUUGGCACGGACAUAUCCGCCAUAGCGCCCACGUCAAUACCGAUGAACUGCUUCUUCGAGGUUGACGAUGCCGAGCUCGAAUGGGAGCGCGAGCUCAACUCCUUCGACCUGGUGCACUUCCGCCACAUGAUGGCCGCCUUUACGGACUGGAGUUUCAUCUAUAAGGAGACCUUCAAGGUGCUCCGCCCCGGCGGUUGGAUCGAAAUGCUGGAAUGGGACGACCAGCAAGGUUUCAAGAAAUUCCUCUCGGAGUUUCCCCCGACAUCGGAGAUCCACGAACUGUCGAGGGACCUGACGCUCGCCGGCAUCAAGGCCGGACGGGCUAGGGGCGUUUCGCACAUGAAUCCGAAGCUGCUGACGGAUGCCGGCUUUACGGACAUCAAGCUCACGGAGCACAUGAUUCCCAUCAAUAUCGAGGCCAACGAAGGCAAGCUGUGGCUGAUUGUAUGCAUCGACGGGCUGGAAGCCGAGUGCCUGCGGCCCCUCACCAAGUACAUGGGUUGGGACCCGGACCGUGUCAAGACGGCAUGCCACAACGUGGCCAAGGAGAUGGCGCGUCUGGCGAGAGACCCGGUCAAAUCGCACGGCCUGAUUGUCAAGGCCCGCGUCCUGGUGGGCCGGAAGCCACUGAAUGCGGCGACGCCGCCAAGGGUGUACCCGAGGUAUGCAGAGGACGCGGACGAGACGGACGAUACGGCGAGAGAAGAAAACCACAGCAGACAUCGAGGCGAUGACGAGGCUCAAGACUCGACGACGGCCAAUACGACAGCUCGAGUCUGAAGGAAAGACUCGAGAGAGAGGAGUGGUAAUUCUCGGCCCGGGUGACAAGCAGCCCGCGCCAGAGCAUGAUUUGAUUUCAUGCUCACAGCAUUUUUCGCACUUAUCAGUACCGGCCGAAGAAGGCUGACGAUUUUCCAAGCGAUCUCAACUUGCAUAUUUCUUACACAUUACAUUCCAUAGCAUCACAUGGGUCUUCAAAAUACCAUCGAGGCGGUCAAGUCGUGUAUUCCGAACCGAAAAAGGCUGACGAGCGAAUCCUUAUGGGACGUAUUGGGUGGCACAGCACGGUACGUGGGUGGGAUAUCAAGGCAUGAUACGAAUAUCUAGCCAAGGCUAUUCAAUAAAUUCUGCAAAAAUGAACCCCCUCCUCCCCCCGUCGCUUCUGUGCCAAUUGGCCGACCAGGACAGGUUGCUAUGUGUUGGUAUGCGUAGCCGGUCCGUUAGAUCAAAGAACAUGAACCCAGACAGGCAUCACAGCUCGGCAACAGUGGUACGUAC